CCACGCACAAGCGCCCACCUCCCCCACAGAAGGCUUUCAAGCAACAUCAUAGCACUGCCAAGAACAGCCGAUAAGUCUCUGUGACGGAACACACACAAUGGCGGACAGCGGCAAAGUGACUUUCAAGAUAGUGCUGACCUCGGACCCGAAGCUACCCUUCAAAGUAGUAAACGUGCCGGAAAAAGCGCCGUUCACGGCGGUGCUUAAGUUUGCCGCGGAGGAGUUUCGGGUACCGUCUGCGACGAGCGCCAUCAUCACUAAUGACGGGGUCGGCAUCAACCCGCAACAGAGUGCUGGAAACGUGUUUCUGAAACACGGCUCGGAGCUGCGCCUCAUCCCGCGCGACCGAGUGGGGUGGGCGUAGAAGCGACCUAGCAGCCGUGGGGCGAAUGAUAUCUACGUACGGCAAGCCACGUGCAACGGCGCUCGCACCCGGGUCCGCGACGAGACGAAGCGUAGGUAUGCACAGCCCGAAAUAAAGGCUUGUUUAAGACA